UAGUUUAAAAACAACAUGGCUGACACGGGUAAACCAUUACUGCUGUAUGCUGUUGAACAGUUUCUCAGUUUUUCUUUGGUGAGGAAAAUAGCACUGGUAGUUGAUAAUAUUGAAAAGGCGCACACAAUAUUACAAGAAGCAGGACUUGACGGCUGCAAACGAUUGAUACUAGUCAAAGGCGGACCAUCAAGGCACCGGUCAAUCCAAGCUGGUCUUCUGAAAUUGGAAGAAUACAGUUCAGACUUGGCGAAUGUAGUGGUUGUUCACGACGGAGUGAGGCCGCUGGUGCCCGAACGACUGGUGGUAGAGCUUUGCGGCGCGGCGCAGACACACGGCGCGGCUGGCGCCAUUCGACCGCUUGUCUCCACUGUGCUCCGCGCCACGUGUGACCUCUUCUUGGACGCCAGCCUCGACAGGGCCACGCAUGUGGCAAGCCACACUCCUCAGGCCUUCAUCAUGCGCACCCUCUUGCAGGCAUAUCGCAAGUGUACUGAUGAAGAAUUGGAUUGCGGAACGGAAUGCCUCCAGCUUGUGCUGAAACAUGCUGGUACUCGAGCAAAACUCAUCAAUGGACCAGAAGAGUUGUGGAAAGUCACACAUAAGAAGGAUUUGUUCACUGCCAACUGUUGUUUGAGAGAGAGGAGCAACGGGGUGUGCAUAAUCUCUGAGCAGCAAACUGCAUCGAGCAAAAUGUUGGAGGAGAGUCUAUCGGACAAAGUGUUGCGCAUCAAACGCGUGGACAGUGUUGCCGAGCACUCGUCUCCCUCCACCGACCACAAUCAGGCCACCUUCAACACUGUCAUUAUAUUCCACAUGCACGAAAUACAACAGGACGAGCAUCUACUCGAUUUUGCCUCACUGUUGGAUGUCGAUAAGAAUGGCUUAAUCGUGCACAUAAUUGACAACGCUCGAGUAGAUGGAAUGCAGAGUAUGUCAGUGUACAAUCUGCAUCGCAGCGGCAGAACGAUGGCGCACCAUUACGAGAAACUGCACAAAGGAGUGGUGGUGAUUCACUGUGUCUCCGCCAAUGAGGAGAGGCGUCUCAUCGAUCUUGUCUCCACUCUGGUGCAGGCAGAUCCAGCUACAUUCACCGGACAAACAUUCUUCUUGUGAACGUCCAGGUUUGCCCUCAACCCAACUCAACUUACCCUUUCGAUCAUAUUAGUUUUAUUUUUAUCAAUAAUUCAUCUAUACUACUGGAUAUUUGUUCAGUAGAGCCUUGGUUGAUUCAUUGAACGAGCGAAUUCUUACUUUUGACUUAAGGCCGAAAUCGUUGUCGGUCUUUGUGUUUGUCCGUAUGUUCUACAAUAACUCUUGAACGAUUUGAUCAAUCGGCUUCAAAUUUUGAACACAUUGUCUUCAACCCUUUUUACAUAUCAAAUCCGUUGGACAACAAAAUGUACCGACUCAUUCGUCCUUUUUCAGAAAAGAAAAAGGAUAUGUCAUCAAUAUAAUAUAUGUAUAUGCUAUAGAAUAUAUGAGGGGUUAGAAUAAAAACUCUCAUAAUCCCAAAAGUCAAUUUUCAAGAAAACUGGAAAAACUGUUCUGUUGAGCUAGUAUGCUAUAGUGUAUAGUGUAUGCUAUAGAAUAUUUAGGGGGCUAGAAUCAAAACUCAUAUAAUCCCAAAAGUUCAAAACUAAUGCUAUCAAUAUUAGUACUCCAUUAGAAUCUACAAUUAUCCUAUUAUGGGUUGAAAUAAACGAACAUGGAUUUGUUGAGUCGUUACUUUCCAAUAAAUUGAUAUUGCCAGAUGUACCUGGUUGAACAAUACUAUUAUUGAUGAGUGUCUCAUUAGAUUCUACAGUUAUUAUUUAUGACAAUUCUGGUGUUCCAUUGCUUUCAAAAACUUCUGUACUAUUGUUGGAUGGUCCUGGUUGGAAAAUAUUGUUAUCCAAAACAAUAACCUCACCAAAGUCAAUUUCAAUCAAUUUCCCAAUUUUAGCAGUCUCUUCUUCGGUUGUAAAGUUGGAAUCUGGGAAAAGAUAAUUGAAAGAGAUGGUCUUGGAUCCAUAUUGUGUUGUAUGGGUAGAAGCAUCUAAAACUGUCGCCUUGUUGAUCAUAUCCAACAUUUUUUGCCCCCUUGAAGUCAUUCUGAAACAAGUAAAUUGAACAAAAACUUUUUUAAUUGUCCAGUGUGCAAUAUCGUAAUUAAUUGAUCAGUAAUUUUCUAAAAUAGAUUGCAUUAGAUAAAUAACUUGUUCCAGCACAUCAAUACGUGUAUUAUUUAUCGUAUUAAGUAUUGUAUUAUUCAUAAAUGAGCUGAGUUAAUAUACCGGCUAUCUACUUCUUAAAAGGAAUAAUCUUAUUCUGUCAUGCAAGCACCAUUGAAAAAGGGAUAACCUUUUGGCUAUAGAAGGAAUGAUCACAUCUAUAGCAAAUCAAAUCAAAUCAAGUUUAAUUCAAUGAUAUCACUUACAUGACAAAUUCCAUUAUACAAAUGAUAUUACAGAUCAUUGAAUACAAUACUGUUCGCUUAAGAAAAAUCU